GGAGAGUCUCAAAGAUCAGGAGAGAAUUUAUGAUCGUUUGGACUAAACAGGAGAGAAAUAAACAGGAUGACAAAUUGACCAGGAAACAAUAAACCAGCAAUGACCUAACCAAAGAUACAGAGGAUGCAACUUCUUCAUGAAUGUGAAAUCUUUGAUUAAACAAACCCAAAGCAACACAAACCAAAGGAGAAUAUACCAAACAACACAGAAAGGUACGAGAUAAAAACGCAAUUCCAAAAAAAAAGAGUUUAUCAAAAUGAAGUUUGAGGCAUCUCUACAAGACAUGAACAACUGGAGGGAGGUAGACUUCGCCCUGAACUGCACCUAUAUUGUCCACGACCAAACGUCCGACCCCAGCUUUAAUCUUCCCAGGGCCAUGACCUCCGUUCCUCGCAACCUCACCUUCCAGUACUGUGCAGACAAUAAGGUGACCGGUGUGUUUAGCAAAGAGUACAUACCUCAGGGUACACGAUUUGGGCCGUUACAAGGCGUCGCCUACACCAAAGACAACGUGCCCCCUCAAACCAACAGGAAAUACUUUUGGAGGAUCUACAGUGGUGGCCAGCUACACCACUUCAUCGAUGGCUACGAUGUGCGGCACAGUAACUGGAUGCGGUACGUCAACCCUGCACGCUCGCUGGCCGAACAGAACCUGGUGGCCUGCCAAAACGGCCAGGAUAUCUUUUUCUACACCAUCCGGCCCGUGGAGCCCAAGCAGGAGCUGCUGGUUUGGUACAGUCCUGAGUUCUCCCAAAGACUCUGCGGCCAGUCAGAGCAACCAGACAGCUUGAAGCCAAAACACAUGCCUGAUAUUGCAGCAUACGAGUAUCUGAAGAAGCCCCUACCUCAAUACGCCCACUACCCAAAACAGCCCCCCAGCCCGCACAAACUUCAGAGCGAGGAUGAAGAUGAGUUGGACGAAAAGAUCGACGUUGAGGUUAUCGAGAGAGACACGCCACCCGACACUCCAGAUGAGCAGGUCGUGGACUGCAGUACGAAGAUCCUCAAACCCAAUCCACCGGAGCCGGUUCGUUCUCCACAUCCGAACCAAAAGGAGCUAAAUUUGAACACUUACCCGUACCCUACCCUCUCCCCACCACAAGACCUUCCGCUCCACCUGCAUGGCCUUUAUGGUCAUCGGGAAGGUCUGAUCUCAUACCCAUCAUUACCCUCACAGAGACCUUUACAUGCUCCAUAUCCACUUAUAUCACCGUACAACCCCCAUUAUCCCCGCUUGCUAUUGCCUCCAUAUUCCCCUCCUUUCCCCUCCAUGUUGCCCUCGAAAGGGGGGCUUCAGUACAAUGGCUUUUUGGGUAGCGAUGGCUUGCCCUACUCUUCCAUACCCCAACCUGGUCUUCUACCUGUUACUUUGCCCUAUCCCACCCCACUUCACGGAGGACUGAAGGAAAGAAUGCCAAACACUCCUCCCCGAGGAGCUCCCAUAACUCCCGAACUUUCUCCUCAGCCAAAGCACUCCCCCCAGCAAACCCCACUUUCGAAAUGCGAGGAGGCCAUCAACCUCAGCCUGCCUACACCCAGAAGCACAUCGCCCGCCUCCUGCUCCUCUCCAAUAACCCCCGGGUACAAAUCUCUCCCGUACCCACUCAAGAAGCAAAACGGCAAAAUCAAAUAUGAGUGCAACGUCUGUCUCAAGACAUUCGGUCAGCUGUCCAACCUCAAAGUGCACUUGAGGGUCCACAGUGGAGAAAGGCCAUUCCAAUGUAACCUGUGCAAAAAGAGCUUUACCCAGUUAGCCCACCUCCAGAAACAUCACCUGGUCCACACAGGAGAGAAACCACAUGAGUGCCAGGUGUGUCACAAACGCUUCAGCAGCACCAGUAACCUGAAGACUCACCUGCGUCUGCACUCCGGAGAAAAGCCAUAUCAGUGCAAACUGUGCAGCGUCAAAUUCACCCAGUACAUCCACCUCAAACUCCACCGAAGGCUGCACAGCUCUCACGAUCGUCCCCAUUGUUGCCCGGUCUGCUCAAGGGGCUUCAUCCAUCGCUUCUCCCUACACCUUCAUCAGCGUUCAGGCAGCUGUCCGGCCGCCCGUCCAGAAAUCCCAGAGCUGAGACGCGCAGCAGAGCUGGUGGAGCGGUUCGAUGCCAGUCACGAGGCUGAGGCGCUGCCUGAGAGCGCUGCUGAAAGUCAGGUCGAUGUCGCGCUGGAAAAAUGGCUGGCCAGAAGUUUGGAAAGUGGCGAGGGGAAGGAGGACUUCGGGGUCCUCCAAGCUUUCGAUCAAGUGCCACCAGAACGGGUAACUGCUAUGGGACAUCACCAGGAGAGAGCCAGUGUUGUACAAUUCAACCAUCGAUCUUCUGUAAAGACUGAAGAGGAGUAGAUAGGAUGAACUUUUCCAAACUGCUAUCUAUGCACAGGGCAUUCGACACCAAAAAUCCUCACUCUUACAUGGAGGAAUCGGAGAGAAAUCAAGCCAAUGAGAGCCACACCAAACAAAAAAGUGUUUUCCAAAGACUUGAGGAAUGUGUGACGUGUUUGCACUUCCACACUUUGAUCUGCUUUAGGAUAUGAAGAUAUCUUUACUACUUCAUACAUCUGCUUUUCAUACUUUUGUUUGUGUGAGUUUGUCUUAACUUAUUAUUGUCAUUGUUUAUCACAUGUUUUAAUAUCGUCUACUUUUGUAUGUUUGGCUUACUUAUGCGGGUUUCUUUUUUUUUAAGUCGGUCUUUUUUUCCAAUAUUAGGAUUCUCAGGAAUAAUGCGUCAAUCCCACUAUGGACACUAUGUGACAAUCCCAAAUGGACCAGAUAUAUCCCAACCAUUCCAAGUGUAAAUGUGGAUUACGUGUGUAUGAUAUGUGUGCACGACUGUACUCGGUUUUUAAAUAAUGUUGAUGAUAACCAUUUUGAAAAGAUUAAAGAUGUAUUGGCCACACUGCCAGUACGUUUUUUAAGUCUUUUUAACUUAAUAACUGAGAAUAUGGUUAUAAUUGCAGAACGUAUUUUUGUAUUUCCUUUGACGUGAUUUUGAACCCCUUUGACAUGAGAACAUGCUUUUAUUUAAUAUUUAAAAUAAGGGAUUUUCUGUUUAUUAGUUUUAUUUAAUGUUACUUGGUUGUGUCUACCAAUGUUUACUGUUGUUUCUUUAAUCCAAACAAGUAUUUUUAGCACUAUGAAAAUAUCCAAAUCAAUGUAGCUGCAACUGAAUUUGCCAAUCAUGUCGGAUGAAGAUUGCAAUAAUUCUUUACAAACUACAGACACAACAGUACCUCAGUUUAAAAAAAAUGAAAUUGUUAGCUUAAUAAUUUAUGCUCUUAAUUUAUUUGAUGGAAGCGCUGGAAAAAGCAGGAACUAGAUCCAAGUGCUGGAUGAUUCUUAGCUAUAACAGGGUUUAGAAUUAAGAACUUAGUGUCUUUUGUACAGUGCAUUUUAUUAUUAUCCUAGUUUGUUUUUUUACUCCGUCUAAAAGAUGUUGAAACUUUAUAUGUGAAAAAUUAUUUUUGACAAACUUUUAUAAUGUAGCACAUUAAACAUUACUUCUCAAA